UUAUAACUUUCUGCAUAUAUAUAAACUCGAGCUUGAUCGGGCGUUAAUCACAGUUUGUUGCUUGUUCGGUUUACACAGCACUUUAGUUCGAGGGUUCGAUUAAAGUUCUCUGGAUAGUAAAACGUUAACGCAGUUUCAAGUUCAUACAAAGCUUAACGAUUUCAUCAUGAAAUUUUUCUUCGCUAUCGUUCUCGUGGCAGUUUCUGCCGUGGCCGCCCAGGAGAAGUAUACCACCAAAUAUGACGGAAUCAACUUGGACGAGAUCCUGAAGUCGGACCGACUGUUCAAUAACUAUUUCAAGUGUCUGAUGGAUCAAGGCCGUUGCACACCGGACGGAAACGAAUUGAAGCGAGUGUUACCUGAUGCGUUGAAAACCGAUUGUUCCAAGUGUAGCUCGAAACAGAAGGAAGGUACAGAUAAGGUUCUCAGAUAUAUGAUUAAUAAUCGUCCCAAGCAGUGGAGCGCACUAAAAGCGAAGUACGAUCCCGAUGAUGCUUACACCAAUCGUUACCGUUCCGAAGCCAACAAAUCCAACAUCCAGCUGUAAGUUCCAGCACAACCCACGAAGUGAUACAGCGACGAGCGCCAGAAAUGCAUUCAAACGAGCGAAGCAACACUUUAAAGUCGCCUUGUUUUGUCACCAGCCUUGCUCUUUAGACUCUUGAAAUGAUCCUGCAAAAAUAUGACAAUACACACAAUUUCCCAAUCUUCUUUUAUCUGUGAUCGAUCCUUAAUUGUACGAAAGACGGUUCUUAGGUGGUGUUCGCUGCUGCCGGUUGUCAGACGAAGUAAACAAUAAAUAAUAAACAAUCGGCAAGGCAACGCCUACUUGACACAUGAAAUGGCAGGUCGCUUUCGAGCAACGGUGCCGGUUCGUGAGUUGUUCGAACUUUGCAACCCUGCCUAGAUUGUCAACUGUCAAUAAGUGACGAAAAACAGCAUGGUAGCAGCGGUACCGGCUCCCUAGAAUUGCGCAAGAAAUGAAACUCAUAAUAAUGGCUUUCCACUGGUGAAGUGUACGGUCUAGUGAAGAAGAUGCAUUUUACAAACUGGUCAGCCGAAUCUUGUCAUAGUUAACUAUUAUUUGUAUAAGAACAGGAAAAAUAAAGAUACUCUUGAAAAA